CUCCAACAUCUAACCAUCAUCCUCCUCUAGUUUAGUCCGAGUUUCACAGAAAUGGCCAGUUUUAUCUUGCACCAUUUGUAAAUGGACAAUUGAUAUUUUUUGUCUUUUCUUUUUGCUCUGCUCAUUUUUCUUCCUCUCAGAAACCAUUCUUGAACUCGGCUGAAGCAAAGCCCCAUGCUCAGAGGCAGAGCUCCGGCUGCACUCAUGUCCUCCGUCAUCGCUCCCUCCAAUCCCUCCGGCUCCACGGGACCCAAAGAGGUGGAAUUGAUCCUGGUGAAGGAGCAGAAUGGUGUUCAGUUCACCGCCUCCACCCUCGUUGCGCCAACCGGACAGACUCACCCAUCUGGAGAGGAGCGAGAAACCUGGGCCAAGAAAAUCGACUUCCUGCUAUCGGUUAUUGGCUUCGCUGUGGACCUCGCCAACGUCUGGAGGUUCCCCUACCUGUGCUACAAGAAUGGAGGAGGCGCCUUUCUCGUCCCCUACCUGUUCUUCAUGGUAAUUGCCGGAAUGCCGCUCUUCUAUAUGGAGCUAGCGUUGGGACAAUACAACCGUGAAGGAGCUGCUGGAGUGUGGAAGAUCUGUCCCAUAUUUAAAGGUGUCGGCUUCACCGUGAUCCUCAUCUCGCUCUACGUGGGGUUCUACUAUAACGUCAUCAUCGCUUGGGCGCUGUUCUACCUGUUCUCAUCGUUCUCUGCCGAGCUGCCGUGGGUCGACUGCAACAACACGUGGAACAGCGCAAACUGCUCCGACCUCAACGCCACCUUCCUGAACGACUCGCACAAAGCCACACCCGCUCUGGAGUACUUUGAGCGUGGUGUGCUGCACCUUCAGGACAGUGCGGGGAUCGAUAAUCUCGGUCUGCCUCGCUGGCAGCUCACUUCCUGUCUCGCUGUCGUCAUCGUCGUUCUUUACUUCAGCCUGUGGAAGGGAGUCAAGACCUCGGGCAAAGUGGUGUGGAUCACCGCCACUAUGCCUUACGUGGUUCUGACGGUUCUCCUGCUCCGGGGUGUGACUCUGCCUGGAGCCAUGGAUGGCAUUAAAGCCUACCUGAGUGUGGACUUCCUACGCCUGUGUGAUGCUCAGGUCUGGAUUGAGGCGGCGACGCAAAUCUGCUUUUCUUUAGGAGUCGGCUUCGGUGUUUUAAUCGCCUUCUCCAGCUACAACAAAUUCACCAACAACUGCUACAGAGACGCCAUCAUCACCAGCUCCAUCAACUCACUGACCAGCUUCUUCUCCGGCUUUGUCAUCUUCUCCUUCCUGGGCUACAUGUCGCAGAAACACAACGUGGCCCUUGAUAAAGUCGCUACAGAUGGCCCUGGUUUGGUGUUUAUAAUUUACCCAGAAGCCAUUGCAACGUUGCCGGGCUCCUCGGUCUGGGCCGUGAUCUUCUUCAUCAUGCUGCUCACGCUGGGCAUCGACAGCGCUAUGGGCGGGAUGGAGUCGGUGAUCACGGGACUCAUUGAUGAAUUCAAGUGCCUGCACAAACACAGAGAACUGUUCACGCUCUUCAUUGUGGUGUCCACCUUCCUCAUAUCGCUGUUCUGUGUCACCAACGGAGGAAUCUAUGUGUUCACAUUAUUGGACCACUUUGCAGCAGGGACAUCGAUCCUCUUCGGCGUGCUGAUUGAAGCCAUCGGCAUCGCCUGGUUUUAUGGUGUGGAUCGUUUCAGUGAUGAUAUCCAGGAGAUGAUUGGCCAGCGCCCUGGAAUUUACUGGCGACUCUGCUGGAAAUUCGUCAGUCCCUGUUUCCUGCUGUUCAUGGUGGUGGUGAGCUUCGCGACCUUUAACCCCCCGAAAUACGGCUCCUACUCGUUCCCCACAUGGGCCAACAUGCUUGGCUGGUGUCUGUCCAUCUCCUCCAUGAUCAUGGUUCCCAUUUAUGCCAUCUACAAGUUCUGUGUGCUGCCUGGAAGCUUCUGCACCAAACUGGCGUAUGCCAUCACGCCAGAGACGGAGCACCACCUGGUGGAACAUGGGGAGGUCCGACAGUUCACGCUUCAUCACUGGCUGGUGGUGUGAAUGUUGCAAAAAGUAUUUCAAAAGAGUCAACUCCUCCAGCUCUGUAGGGGGUGCUGUGUGCCAAACAAGCCGUAUGUCUCGUCCUUCUCUUUCUCACGUAAAAAAAAAAAUAAUAAUGAUAAUAAUAAUAAUAAUAAUAAAAAGUGUGGCAGUGAUGUGGUAUUGAUCACAACAUGGUCAAAAUUCUGUCAGUAAAAAAAAUCUUUUUCAGGCUGUAUCCCAAACGCUAGCAGCUAACAGGAAAAUAGCUAUCCAGAGAAAAAAAACCCUCCAAUGAUGAGGAUGGGAGUUAUAGCUGAGGGUUUUAAUUUUGAAAAAAUGGCCGAUCUGAAGAAGCAACCAUUCUAGCGUUUGGGAAACGGCCGCGCUCUCGCUAUACGAUGACUGUUACGACGACUGUUUACUGUUUCAAUAUUCUUUUGUGAUUAGAGUACAAACUGAGCCUUAUUGAUCAAUGUGAUUGACGUGUGGAAAACUGUAUACUGACUACGAACCUAGCGACGAAUAAUGUUGAAUAAUAUCUAGUGAGAUAGUCGAAUCUGUACAUCUUAUUUGUGUUUGGAAACGAGAAAAACAAUGGACGUGCUGAUCAGGUUGAUCCACUUAACGAAGCCAUAUUUACACAUUAGCUUUACUCCGCUGUUCAUUUACACUUUCACAGAUAUUAGCAUGACACGACUCCUAUUAGACGUGAGCUGGAGACUGGUUACAGUACCGAUGCUUCGCGACAUCCAGCAAAUUUAACAUUGAUUCAUUUUAACAUCAUAGUAUUUUAUUUUGUGAGAAUAUUUUACUGUGAAAUCACCAACACACAUGAAUAAGCUGCUGAAUACUCAGUAGCUAAAGUGAAAAAAUUACGGUGUUCCUUUAACGAUCUAAAUACACGCACAUUUGAAGAAAUCUAACGUGCGUAUAUUUAUUCAUCAUAACAUUGUCCCUCAUCAUGUACUGAAGUGAAACUUAUCACCUGCUGUAAAAUAUAUAUAUAUAUAAUCAAUAAAGA